AUGAAACAUCGAAUUUUUAUAUUAAUUAUGUGCAGUAGACUCUGCUCUUUCGAAAAAUGCUCUAGUAAUCCUGCAGUUGUAUGCAAUUGCGAGGCAAUUCCUGUAUUAAUUUGCCAAGAGCACAUUAAAAAUCAUUCCCAGCUUCAAAGAUCCCAUACUUAUACCAAAGUUUUUUCUGAAAUUCGAGAAGAAGCAAGGAAAUCUGCAAUUAAAUUAUUUUCAAAAAUCAAGCCAGAAUUAAGAAAACUUAGAUCAAAUAUCAUACAAGAAGAGCUAUCAAUGAUUAAAGAAAUCAACAAAACUUCCAAAAAUGCUUUAGUAGAGCUUAAAAUUUGUGAAGAAAACUUAAAUCAAAUUAUAUUAGAAAUCAGCAGCUUAAGAUUUAUUGAUAACUCAAAAUCAUCGACUUUUGUAGAAUCAUUACUCAAAAUGCAACAACAAGAUAUUGAAAAAAUCAAAAAAAUUAGAGGGCCUAAGCUUAGCAUAAAUAGCAUUGAUUCUAAUUUUAAAGUUAUCAUCAAUCCGAUUAUUGAUAAUGGGAUAUUUAAAGAGAGAAAUAAAAAGGCCUACAAAUCUAUUAAUAAUAAAUUUAAUUUUUCUAAUUUUUUUUCUAAAAUUUUCGAGCUUGAGACCUCACCAGAAUGUUUCGAUUAUCGGCAAAAUUAUUGUGAUAAUCCCAGAGUAAUUAAAUUUAUAUGAGGAAAUUCAAACAAAUAUAUUAUUGGUACUUUUGAUGCCGAAACUUUAAAAGUUUAUCAGCAUAAGCUUGAGGGUGAUUAUUUUUAUCAACAUGGGAUAAAGUGUUUGCUGCCUGAUGGUAGCAUUCUUUAUGCUCUAUAUGAAAAUUUGAUGAUAAUUGACUCGUUGGGUAAUAUAAAACCAAUAUCUACUUAUUCUCUCUAACUCCUCUCCCCGUUAUCAUCAAGCCAAAGUUUUUUUUUCAGAAAAAAUGUUUGAAGUAAUAGUUCAUUUAAUAUAAUUAAAAAUUAUUUAAUAGAUAAUUAUAAUGAAUUUAUUUUUACUAAGCAGGUUUUGCCUACCACAUGACCUUUUCUUAUAAGGACCAGCAGAAGGUGGCUCUAUCCUAGGUAUCUAAUACUUUGGACAGAUGACUCAGAUAAGUAAUCAAAAAGAGGGACUGGUUAAAACAUUGUCUUAUUUUAAAUUCACGGUGCAUGGUGGCUGCUUAUCCUGGUGGAGCCUAAGAAAAGUCGAAAUUUUUUGUGAGUUUACCUGCUUAUGACAGAUUACCUUUUAACUUUUAAAUUACUUCAAAUUGAAGCAUUUUAAAUAUUAUACCUAACAUAUUUUAAUUAACUCUUAUACAAAUUGCAAAGGAUGGCGCUAUUUUGCGCCAAUCUCGAGCAAUUUGUAUAUCAUUAAUGAGCAGCAAUAUUAUUCGCUGGGAGGAGUGAGAAAGAAUACGCAUAAUUUUAAAUAAAGCUUUUAAUGAAAUUAUAUUACCUGAAACAAUAUAUAAAAUUAAGUCAAUGAUUUCUCCCAUCUAUGUUGGUGGAUGCAUUUUCGCAUGUACUGGCUAUCCGAAGAUGGGCGAAAUACAUUAUUCAAAGAAACGAAUGAAGCGAAUUAACUCCUCUUCCUCAAAGUCAUGAGCUUUUCCAUUUUUGCGCUUUGUUUCAAAAUUAUAUAUUCAAUUUUUGUUUUUACUUUCGUUAUCUUUGAGGGAAAUUAUCAGAUUACUAUUAAAACAAUUUCAACUCUAAAUCAAUAAUUUUUUAUAGAUUUUAAGCAUGAAUAUUGGUUUUGGGAUUCCCAAAAGAGUGUUUGAAUCAAUUAAGCUUAAAAAUUAACCUUGGCUUAUAUUUUAUUAGGAUCAAAUAGCGAAUCAAAAAUUAUUUAUACUGCUAAAAGCAAACUUCGUCUACAAUAAUAGGUAUCAUAUAGUUUAUUUUGUAUAAAAUUACACUCAUUUUGAGCAUAUAUUUCCAAAUUAAUUAGAAUUUGAUUACUAUGAUAUGCUAAUAGAUUCUUUUUCAGAAAUAUCAUCAUUAAAUUUAAAAAAAUCAGUAACAAAGACUAUUGUUGUGCAAGAUCGAAGGGUAUUUAUUAUAGAAUUUUCUCAAUUUAUAUAUGAAAGCACUGAUAAUUUAAUAGCAUGAAACAUUAUAGGAGAAUGCUCUGGACUAACAGCACGUUUUUCUAUCACAAGCUAUCCCAUCUUUUAUAAAGAAAAAAUAUUCUUUAAUAAGGUGUAAAGAAAUCUUAACUCCCCUCUCCAUGAACUAACAAAACUAUUGGAAAAAUCCCUAUUUUUUACCCACCCUGCGUGAGCGAAUAAAAAUUUUUUUAUGAAAAAAAAAUUUUGAUAUAUAAGUGAUAAUUAGUAUAAUGAAAUCUCUAGCUAAUUCUGAUUAAAUUUUAAACAACUUGCAUUUAAAACAUAAAUUUCGCAAAUUAAAUUAAUUUUGCCUCUCAAUUUUUUCACAUUGGAAUUUUUUUAAUUCUGAAAAAAAUAAUUCUGUAAAUUUAUAUAUAAAUUUUUUACAAAACAAAAAUUAACCAGAGGGCAAAAUUUUUUGUUACUCACGGAGGGGGUGUAAGAAAUUUAGCCAAUCAAAAUUUGCGAAGAGAUCUUAAUUCUAUUAAUGGAAUAUAUUUUGCACAUACAUAUAAGAUCUAUGCAUUUGAUAUAAAAGAAAAGGUUAUCAAAUUUAUGGUUAACCUUGAUUUUUCUCAUUAA